AUGGAUAUAGAUUAUAACAAUAAUGAACCAUUGAUGGUUCAUGAUUUAAAUAUAGAUUUAUUCGAAGCUAAUUUAAUAGAUAAAUCAGUUUCAAUUGACGGUAUUAUUAAAGGAACCAUUCAAAUACCAGUCCAACAAACAAAAAGAAAACUCUUGUUAAUUGUUUUAGUAGAUAAAUCAAGAUCAAUUCAAACUGCAUGGUUCCAAAUUCAAUCAACACUUUUAAAUUUAUUUUCAAUCAUUUCAAAUGUUGAGGACCAAGAAAUCAUUUUAGAAAUUUUAUUUUUUAAUAAUAUUUGUUUUAGAUUGGAAUAUAAUAAAGAUAACUUUAGAGAAUUAAUUUUAAAAGAAAAGCCAAAUGGUAAAACAUGUUUUGCAUCUGCUUUUUCAUUAACAGAAGAUAUUAUCAAAAAAUAUUAUAGAAUUGGUACCGGUUUGAAAUCAGAUAAAGAUUAUGACCCAGAAACAGACACUGCAAUUGUUUUAUUAACAGAUGGUGCCCACACAACCGUUAGAGAUCAUAAAAAGGCUUUUAAAGAUCUUCGUAAUACAAUCGACUAUGUAGCUAAAGGAAGUGUUGUAGUCAGCACUAUGGGAUUUACAGAAAACUCACGUUAUAAUGAUUUAGAUGGUAUCCGUCGUUUAUUAGGCACAUCACCAGGCAUUUAUCAAUAUUCAGACCCAUCCGAUGGUUCAUUUGCACUUCAAGAAAAAUUAACAUUCAUUUUAAAGUAUGUUAUUGGUUCAAGCAGUUCAAAAAAAUUAAAUAUCAAAUUAGAAACAAUUUACAACCAAAUCGACAAUAACGAUGGCCUUGUAGAGAAAACAUCAAACCUUUUUUUCAACGAUUCAAAUUUCAAGUCUAAUGAAAAGUCUAUAAAUUUGGUUUUGGAUAAGUUUGGCAGCUCAGAAAUAAAUUUCAAUUUAAAUACAAAUGGCUACAAUAUAGAUUCAGUUAAGGUACACUUGGAUAUUAACGGUGAUUCAAAGUAUAAACAAAUAAUCGAAAUCAAACCAAACAUCAAAAACGACUCAUCUAUCGAAUCAAAAUACUAUUCAAAAUUAAUCAAAUUAGAUUCAAAAAUAAAUACAAUUUUAUCAGAAAUUGAAGUUUAUAAUCAAUCAAAUCAGCCAUCAGAUGAAAUUAAAAAAUCAUAUUUAGAACAGUUUUUAAAUAUUAAGAAGGAUCUCGAUCAAAUUGAAAACAAUCAAUUAUUUAAAAUUAAAUCAAGUGUUCGUUCAGAUUUGGUAGAAUUAAAACAACAAUGUCAAUCUAUGAUAGAUCAGUUAUUAGAAUUAGUAAAUGGAUGGAAUCGUACCUCAUGGAGCUCUGUAUCAAAUGCUCGUGUCGCUGAUAUUACUUAUCGUUACUUAUUCAAAUCCACAAGCAGACAAAGACGUUUAAAUUUAAAGGUUGCUAGAAACGCAAACGUUAUCAAAUCAGAAGCACAGAACUUUAAAGAACUUUCAUUGGACAUCGAUUCAUUUGAAGAUUUAGAAGAACCACAAUCAACUCAUUUUGAAUCAUCAAAACAAAUGUUUUCAGAUUUAUUAACAUUAUCAGAUUGGACCGAAGCAUUAGAAGAAAAAGACUGUAUGGGCUUUGGCUUAUCAAUUCAAAGACCAGAAUGUGUUGUAGACGAUCCAACACAAAUUCGUAUUCAAGAAGUUUCAACAACAUUCAUUUGCAAAUCAUCAAUCGAAGAUGCAAUUAAACUUUCAUUAAAUGUACAUGGUCAAGAAAGAACAACUGGAGGUUUCCAAGUUGGUCAAGAUGUACAAUCAGUCGCAGUCCGUGGUCGUGGACGUGAACCAAUCAAUUCAUGGUUACCAUUAUAUAUCAACAAAGAACAUUGGAAGCCAAUUAAAUAUCAAUUAAAAAACAUUGUUGCCUAUUUUGUAACAUUAGAUCCAUUAGCAUUUUCAUUUGAUCAAAUCGAUUCACUCUUUUUAGUAUUAGGCAAUAUGAUUUCAAAGAAUGAUAUUGGUGAAAGAGAACUACUCUUAAUUUUCCAAUAUAUCCGUACAUUACGUCAAAUUGUAAUAGACCUCAAAGCUUUACCAAGAAUCUUAUCACAGUUAGAAUCUAUAUUAAACAAACAAAUUUAUUACAUCCAGUAUCAACCAAAGAAUCUUUUUGUAGUUACAUCCUAUCUUUUAGUUUUAACUCAGGAAGAAUUAAAACCAUUAUUUAAAUCAAAUUCAGAAUACUUUAAAUUGUGGGAACAUGUUUUAGAAUCAUCAAUUAGAAGAGCAUGUAAUUCAUUUUUCGAAAAAAUGGAGCAAGUUAAAAUCGAUUCAUUUUUAUUAAAUAUUUUAUAUAGUUCAGAAGAAAUAGCAACUAUAGAAUCACCAGAUACUAAAGAGAAUGAAGACUUUUCAACCUUUUACGAAUCAUUAUUAAAUUAUAAAUUUAAUUCAAUUCCAAAUAACGAUUUUGAAUUUGAAAAAUUAUUAAAUAUCAAAAAGAAAUCAUUUAAUGACAGCGACGGAAACAAAUCAACAAACAAAAUUGAACCAAUAAACAAAUCAAUUACAAAUACACUUAUUACAAUGUCAAAUCUUUUAGAAAACAAGGGUUAUCCAAAUAUUACAGGUUUAUUAAACUCGUUAAGAUUCAUCCAUGCUUUUUCAUCUCUAAAUAAAGAUGAUAAAGUUUUUGAAACUAUCGAUUCAAGAUUUGGUAUUCCACCACAAGAGUAUAUCGAAACCAUCAAGCAAUCAAUUAGAGUAGAUUAUCCAAACAAUGGUAUUGGUAGAUUUAUUGAUACAAUUAAAAGCUAUUAUGGUAUCGAUAAUGACCAAACAACAUUUUCAACACCAAAAACAGCAGAGGUAUUAUUAAAUCAUUUGAGAACAAUGAUAUUACAAGCUGUUUCAUACAGAAUCAACAAACAUGCUACAUAUGCAGUCGUAGAAAAGAAAAGAGAAACCGAUGUAUUUACCAAUCAUAUCGAAUGUUACCAAUAUAUUCAAAGUGAUGUAUUAGGUCGUAUUUCAUCCAUAUUAAGAGCAAUUCACCAACAAUUAAUGUUUUCAGCUCAGACAAAUGCUGCAUUAAAAACCAGUGAUAUUGGUGAGUUUGCUAAAACAAUUCCACAAUGCGGCAAUCUUUAUUUUCCAAAUUUUGUUCAUUCAAUUAUGAAUUUAGAAAGAUUUCCAUUUGGUGAACAAAAAUUUAUAAUUUUCCUUUCAAAUAUUUUAGUUUCAACUGACAACUAUGGCAAUAUAGACACAAAAGCUAUUGUUAAAAGCACAUGGAUUCCAGGUAGAAAAUACAACAAGAAAUUCUUUAAAUCUUUUGGUAUUCAAAAAACAAUUUACUUAUUUCAACAAGCUUUCUUUUACAAAUAUUUGCAUGAAUCUAAAAACAGAGAUGUCGCAGAUAAUAUAGAUAGAUUUCAAGAAAUUGAAAACGAAUUAAAUUUUGAAUAUUUAAGAAAUUAA